AUGAUGGGGAUGCAGGAGGCAGGGAUGUGAGAGGUCAGGGGUUAAAGGUCAGUAGCACAGGGAUGCCGGCUGAAGAUAUUAAGAGGAAUGGGUGAGAAAUAGUGUGCGCACGCAGCCUGGAGGUGUGAGCACCGGGACAUGCAGGAAGUGGGGAGACACUGGAUGGGAAUCAUGAUGAGGAGAUGAAAGGGGGCACGAUCCAGAGAUGAUUAAGCUGAUUCAGGUCCAAAUCGCUGCUUCUGGAACAUCUACGGAUCCAAGAUGCCUGGGCUCAUUAUUUUGCUUGUAUGCCUAAAUAGAUUUCUAAUGACAUUGGCAAAGCACGGGCUGCAGGAAUUGGGUACCGAUAACUAUUUCAGCGCCUUAUCGCCCGGAAAGACAUCACUCCUCUAUUUCAGUAAGAAUGAUUCUCCUGGAAAUCGUAUUUUCCUUGAGGAACUUCAGAAGUCCGCUGCAGCUCUUCAGGAUUAUGGCAUUUCUGUAGCCAGGGUAAAGUGCGCGGAUGAAGAUGCACCAAAGUACUGCGUUGAGGAGAACGCGUAUUUGUUCAGGGGCACAAAAUUAUUACGGGAGUUCCCUACAGACGCACUUUUUAGUGUAAACGCCAUUGUCGCAAAUGUUUUAUUUGUUCUACUUUAUAAUGAAGUUAAAUAUAUAACAUCCCUCCCAGAGCUUCACAACAUAGAAAAUAAUACAAAGGGGAAACGAAAUGUGGUUUUUGUCUAUGUGCGAGCGAUAGGAACACCAGAACACAGAUCUGUGAUGGAAGCUGCGUUCGUUUACGGGUCAAUGUACCAGUUUGUGUUAACCACCGAAGCAGCUUUGCUGGAAGAUUUAAGUCCGGGAGAAUCCAGUUUUGUCCCUGCCAAGCUUGCUUACGGUCACUGUAAAGCAGUAAAAUCCCUGACUCAGAAGUGUCAAAGGACUUUACUGGAUGAGCCAGUAACUACGCUCAGUAUCCAUCGGUUUCUGAAGCUAAUGGAUGCCCCACUUUUGGCUGAAGCUUCUGGAGAUCCUGAUAAAUUCUCAAGUAUUCAACUCCAGCUUGGUUUGCCGAUGGUUUUCAUUAUAAGUCGGCAAGAGACUUUGGAAGCGGAUCGAUCAACAGCGGAACAUUUGGCCUGGCAGCUACUCGGGAAGGCUGGCCUAGCCAUAAUAGAGAGGAAAGCGUCUGACGUGCACAUUCCGCUAAAUGCCAACGUAGCCCUGAAAAGAGCAGACGAGAGUGAGCCUGUGCAAUAUAUGAAGCUAGAGGACACCAAAGACAUUAUAGACCUUAUUGAAAAUUCCAAAAAUCAAGAAAAUGAGGAAUCUGAGGAAAAAUCUAUCCACGAGGAUCAAGAGACUCAGGAUGAUGAGGUAGCCGGAGCGGUGUACGAAGAUAGGAAGAGGGUCUUGGCCGUUCAUUUAGUAGCCGAGCUGACAGAUGAAACAUUCAAGGCGGUUGUGGACAGCAAGCGUCAUUCGGUGGUUCUCUUCUACGCCGGCUGGGAAGCGGUUUCCAUGACGUUCCUGCGGUCUUUUCUUGAAAUGGCAGAAAAAUACAACAAUACGCUGGAUGUGUAUUUGGCCAGAGUAGACUGUUCAGAUUGGCCUUACGUCUGCAGCGACGAAAACGUAACUAGUAUUCCCGUUGCAAAGAUUUACCAAAUGGGGAAGGAGCCAUAUUUCUACACGGGAAUGAUGGGCUCCGAGGAUCUGGCGAAAUUCAUCUCGCUGAGCAAGCUGGACUGUCCACUGAAUUUAUCCUCCAUGGAAGAGGUUGAGAAUUAUCUAAAUGGAAAGCUACACAAGAGCCGGCACCCCCACCAGAACCUCUCGGCAUUAGGGAUUUUUUCUCCCAGUAUGAAAAAUGAAAUUGCUACUUUUAUGGAUGCUGGAAAAAGUCUUCGAGGUUUUGCGUCUGUGGGAAUUUACUCCGGAGACCAUUCUUCUGUCCUGUCCGACAGGUAUAGCGUAUCUCCCCCGGCCAUCGUUUUUUCCAGGAGCAAUCACAACGAAGUCUAUGGCGUCUCUCUGCAAAACUACGGUGCUAAGGAUAUAAUUCACUUAAUCAGACGGGAAUUACUCGGCGUGUUUCCAGAAAUCACGGUGGAAAAUUUUCCUUCCUUCUCCACUCGUCAAAAACCUUUGCUUGUUUUAUUCUCAGAUGGCAAUCUAGAACCGACUGAUGAGAAACACAUUCUGCGUCUGGUGAAAGGAAAAUAUUUAGAGCCGUAUCUCACCGGCUGGCUGAAUAUAAGGAGUACUCCAGCGGGUAAUGCGGUGCUGAAGAGGUACUUUGGCUUCAUACCAAGCCUACCGCUGCUUGCCAUCAUACACUUUGAUGCCACGGGGCAUGUGUUUGCCUUUCCUUCCGACCAACAGCUCACUGAAGUCAGCAUCUUGUACUGGCUGGAGAUGGUAAAAGCAGGAGAAGAGGUGCCUGUGUAUACUUUAUCAAAAGACGAAUGGAAACCCCGCUUUCCCGAUUAUGAUUUCCUGGCCAUGAUGGAUGCAGCCGAUCCACACAUUGCUGCUCAGAAAAUCCGCAUUCGCAUGAAAUCGGGCAAGAGAAAGAAAAUAGAAGUUCCGUCGGCACGAGCGGAAAAAGAUGAACAUUUGUCAAAGGCGAGUUUACGGGGAACAGCUCCAAAGAUUCUACAAAAGGAAAAGAACCAUCAAACUCACUCAGACCUGUAGUCCAAGUGACAGUCAUCCUGUGGACCUGGAAAUUUGAGAAAUAAAUGUUUUUACCGUCUAGAAAA